AUCGCUAUGUUCGCCAUAAGAAACAACGGCCUUGUUCGAGCCGUCUAGGGUUCGAAACAGAGAGCCAUGGUGUGAAAAUGAACAAUACCGUGGGAAGGAAGUUACUCGGUUUAGCAGCCGCUGCUGCAAUAGCGGUUUCUUCUUCGAUCUGCUGCGAUUCUACAGCCCUCGCUGAGUCUAUUACCAUCGCUUUCCCUGUUUCACGCGCUCGUGAGGUGACUGCAGUACAGAGAACUCUUGUGGAAGCUUGGGGUUUGAUUAGGGAAACAUUCGUAGAUCCAACUUUUAAUCAUCAGGAUUGGGAUUCUAAGUUGCAGCAAACGAUGGUAUAGAUGUUUCCUUUAAGAUCAGCAGAUGCUGCUUAUGGAAAGAUCAAAGCUAUGCUCUCUACUCUUGGUGAUCCUUUUACUCGGAUCAUUAGUC